UGUUGGUCAGGUGAAGAAGCUCGGCUCAGCUGGUUUGUUCCUUCUGUGACUCCGCUCGCUCACGUCGCACCACCUGUCGUGACUGGAUACUGACGUACCAUCUGUCAGGGUCACUGAAAACCAUUUGUCCCUCUCUUUACUUCUACCGCGUUCCAUCGUCUAAGCCUAAUGAACAACACGGCCGUGGUGUUCGUUUCCCUCGUCGCAGCCUUCGUUUUCAUAUCUUCAGUUAACGCCGCCGCUCUCAAUAGAGAGAGGCGAGCUGUCGUUGAGAUAGAUGACCCUGACUAUGUGCUGGAACUACUGACAAGGCUCGGACACUCCAUUAUCAGGGCCAACGAGUUAGAAAAAUUCGUGCGUUCCUCCGGCAGCGCUAAGCGGGGACUGGACCUGGGCUUGGGCCGCGGCUUCAGUGGAUCCCAGGCGGCCAAGCAUCUCAUGGGCCUCGCCGCCGCUAACUUCGCUGGAGGACCUGGCAGGAGGAGGAGAAGCCCCGAGGACGCCCUCCCCAGCGUUCAUCGCCAAGACGAUAACGUCAUGCUGUACAACCACGAGCGCGCCCCCGUUGCCCCCGAAGCUCCUGCCGAUGUCGCCCCUGCUAUAGUCGAGACCACUGGAACACAGUCUCGAUAAAUCUGUCAAGAAUUUGACUGUCACGUGACGCCAUACAUCACUUGUCUCGUGUGUUUACUCUUGCCGUCGUCCCAUGAUUCCUGUCCUUUUGCGCGAAAUGUAUAAUUCUCUUUCAAUAUAUAUAUAAAGCAUAUCUCUCUCACUUGAACCUUCCGUUUUCUCACUCUCUCUAUCUCUCUGUCUCUCUCUCUCUCUCUCUCUCUCUCUUUUGUGCUCGCACUCGAGAAACACGCAACCAGAUUGUGCGUGAGCUGGGGAAAAUCCAGAAAAAAACACAAACACUUUCACAAGGCGGCUGGUAUAUUUCACAUUACGUUGAUAUGAAUCACUAAAAUAGCAGUGUCCCCUUAAACCCAUUUAAGACACCAGUAAUUCAGUCUACAGCAUUUACAGUAAAGUAUGAGUUGUGUUAUGGCUUCAUUUAGCACGAAUUACAGAAAAUAAUUUCCGUCAGAAGUUCAAGCUGUUAUUUACGGUGCUACAUAGCUUUGACACAUCACUGAAAAUGUUAUAGGAUAUGUAAGGAUGAAGCACAACUCAACAUGUAAUAUUUUCUUCUCUGGUUGAAAAUAAUGAUGGCAGAAAAGCGAAAUAUAUAUGUAAAGAUAAAUACAUUUAUGAAAAUUA